AUGCAUGCUGGAGCUGGAUUGUGGCAUAAAACGUAUUUGUGGAUGAACCUGGUAUGCCCAAUGCGAAGACGAGCUUAUAAAACUUGUUCUCUCCUGUGGCACAUUUUAUUUGGCUUUAGAACAUUUGCUGCCAUAAAAAUUCAAGUCUGGAGAAGAAGAGAGCUUAAUGAUUGCCACUAUGAUUCUUUCAUGUCAACUGAGGUUAAGAAGAAAACUCACACUCUGAGCGUUUUGUUUUUCCUUAUUUGUGCUCUUGUUUAUGUGGCAUUUUUUGAAGAAAUUUCAGAUGAUUCUGAGUAUAAUAUCAAAAGGGGAAUAGUUGCAUGCGUUGUUGUUUUUUUACUCCUUGGUGUCACUCAAAUUCCUGAUGGACCGUUUUUUAGACCACAUCCUGCUCUUUGGCGGUUUGUGUUUUGCUUCAGCAUUGUCUAUGCACUCUGCCUCAUAUUUAUACUUUUUCAGACACCUGAUGAUGCAAGACGAUUGUUAAAGCAUGUUGAUCCAAAAUUAGGUACACCUUUGUAUGAAAAGAAAUAUGGUGGAAAUUGCCUUUUAUAUGACUCUUCUCAUCCUUCAGAUCCAUUUCAUAAUAUAUGGGACAAAAUGGACAUUUUUGUUCCUACACAUUUUUUUGGAUGGUGGAUUAAAACAUUGAUGCUACGAGAUUGGUGGAUCUGUACUGUGAUGAGUAUCAUCUUUGAAAUUCUUGAAUAUACAUUAGAGCAUCAGUUGCCAAAUUUCAGUGAAUGUUGGUGGGAUCAUUGGAUAAUGGAUGCUUUGAUUUGCAAUUCUCUUGGGAUAUACUUAGGAACAGUUACGUUAAAAUAUCUUUCUAUGAAACCAUAUCAUUGGAGAGGGCUUUGGAAUAUUCCAACUUACAAAGGAAAACUACAAAGAAUUGCUGCUCAGUUUGGGCCAUAUAGUUGGAUCGAAUUUGAUUGGAAACCUACAUCAUCGUUCACUAGAUGGUUUUGUGUCCUUGGGAUCAUAAUAAUGUCGUUGCUCUUGGAAUUGAACACAUUUUACUUGAAAUUUGUGCUGUGGUUGGAACCUCCCCAUUUUCUUAAUGUUUUGCGUUUGAUAUUAAUGGUGUUUGCUGGAGCAGUUUCAGCCAGAGAAUAUUUUCAAUUUUUGGAUGACCCGAAUUGUAAGACAUUUGGAAGGCAAUCUUGGGUUAUGAUCGCAAUCAUUUUUACAGAAUUUCUAGUCAUAGCUAAGUUUGAUUACGAGACUAUUACAAAGCCUCUUCCUACACAUGUUGCCUAUUUUUGGGUGUUAGCAUUUUUUGCUGUAGGUAUUUGGACAUUUUGGAAGUUUUUUUUAAGUUCUAAGCUUUUGAGUCAGCUAAAGAAAAAAGAAAGCUACAAAAAUGUAAGUGACAAUACUUCUUCCACUAUAAAUCCAUCAAGUGAUCAGAGUGCAGAAGAUAAUACUGUUGAUGAUUUAUGCUUAAAGACAUUAAAACAAGAAUAA